AUGCUCCGCCGCCCUGGCACCGGCCCGUCCAAGGCCUCGGCGACGACGCUCUGCCAAAAGUGCCUCCAGCGAGGCCACUACAGCUACGAGUGCAAAGCCAGCGCCCAAGAACGCCCCUACAAGUCGCGCCCCUCGCGCACCCAACAGCUGCUCAACCCACAGCUCAAGCCCAAGCUCACCACCCAAGUGCCCAACGAGCUGCUCCGCAAAAAGGGCGUGGCCGACGACAUGCUCAAGAAAAAGGACGAAGAGCGAGGGCGCACCUCGGGCCGCAAACACUCGCGCUCGCCAUCCUCGUCUGCAGACUCGGUGUCCACCAUCUCGACCAACCGCUCGCCGUCCCGCUCUCCGCCGCCACGACGCCAGAAGCACGAGCGCGACACACGGGGGAAGCGCAGCCGGCGCUCCCGCUCCACCGACUCGCGCUCCUCCAUCGACUCACGACCCAGCGGCGACCGCGACCGCAACACACGGCGCCGCCGCAGCUCCUUCAGCCCAGCCCAGCGCGGCCGCCGCGACGCACCACUCGACACGAGCACGCGCGAACUGAGCCGGACGCGCGGCCCGGGCAAACGACCACGGCGCUCACGCAGCAGGAGCGCAGAUGACAUGUCGACGACCUCGGACCCUGCCCAGUCGCGCGCCCUCCCACCAAGACCAACGUCACCGAGCCAGACACCAAACACACACCAGCGCAGUCCCGGCCCGUUCUCGGACCGCCGCAACGCCCGUCGCUCGCCGAGUCCGCGCACGAGGAAUCGCUUUGACGAUGGGCCUGGGGAGAGGCGUGGACGAGGUGGUGCGCCGCCUGUGCCGCCUGCGCCGAGAGAGAGGAGUCUGAGUCCGUUCAGCAAGCGUGUAGCUCUGACGCGGGCGAUGAACGCAGGGUGA